GUUCUACAACUACAUGAAUAGUUUUUUUAGUUUUCCAGAUGAGAUUAUUUUUUUCUACAACUUGCAAAGUGAUUUGAUUGCCAUGUUAUAAAUCUUUUAUUGGUGGUCUAAAGUCUGUCAGGUUUUCCAUUUGAAACCCCUAUUUUCAGGAGCAGACAUUUGAAAAAAAAAAUUAACCAGCCAGAAACUUGGCAUUCAUGAUCUUGGUUCACUAUAAGGUACUUGCUUUAACAAAAUUUUAAAUAGUCAGCUUUUUUUUUUUUUUUUAAAGUUGUAAGCAGCACAGAGAAGAGUAAAGGAAUUUCUUUGUUUAAACAGGGAAUAUUUUUCCAGACAACUUAUCCCAAUUAAAUUUACAAAGCAAACUUUCCCCUUCUAGAAACGAUUUAAGUAUGUAUGUUCCUAUGUUCUAUUUCCCACAAGAGACUACCUCAAGACUUUGCUUUUACUUUGCUAUAAUUCAUAGCAAAUAUCCUGGAUCCCUGUUCUCUUUUCUGUUCAUUUAUGCUUUUAAAAUUCUCCCUAGUAUAUUUAUUUAUAUUUAAAAUGGCUUUAAAUUUUGGCAUUCUUUUUUUCAUUUUUCCUCCUUGUAGUGCCUCCUUGAACAAAACAGUAUACGCCUCUACCUAUUGGUUGAAAAUCAAUACUAAUUUUGAGAGAAGAUGUGGUAUAAAUAGCAGUGAUUUUCUUGAAAUUAAAUUUCUGAAAUACAGACUUUAAAAACUCUUCUGAAGAGUUGCCACUUAAAGGGCAGGCUUUGAGGCAAGUUUUCUUCCUUCUUCCGUACAGUGUGGAUGUCAGCUUGAGUACUUUCACAAUCUGUUUUUAACCCACUGUCAUUUGCAUGGUGAACACUUAACUGCUAUUGGUCCAGAAAGGUGUUUGUGGGUUUUUUGUUGCUCUUAUUUCACUUCUUAUUUUCUUUAAAAUCAUUUCCUGAAAACUUAGUACAGAAAUGUGACCUACUGCAGCAAGCGAGAUGAUCUUCUGGAAAUCUUUACUUUUGCUUCACUCUGAGGAUGAUUUGCUUCAGGCAAGAGGUUUUUGGGUGCUGCUGAAAUUUCGGAGAUCUGGGAAAAUAGGGUAAUAACAUGACACCAGCUCUUAAGCAGCAACAUCUGCUGUGGUUCAAAGCCACACAAAGAAAGCUGCUUAAGCAGUUGAAUAUUUUGGACUGCACGGACAAGUGUGGUUCAACUGCAAAGACUGCAGAGUGGAGGAAACUUAAAGUUUAGAGAAGUUGUUUAAAAAUGGAGUCGUGGAAGAUGGGCAUCUUUAAGAGACAAACAUCACCUUGUCCUCCAAGCUAUCGAAGAUCUUUGUCAGAACCUGCUUAUGCAAAUUCAGAGAUAGGAACAAGCUUAAAGAAUUAUCCUUGGCGUGGUCCAGUGAAAAGCAAGAGGAAGAAAAAUGAACAUGCUGUUUCCAACCUAGGAAAGCCACUGGGUGCUUAUCGGUGGCAAACACAUCCCAGCUUUAGGUGGAAAGGGGGCAAAAGGGAGAGAUGGCAGACUAAUAAAGGAGACUUGGAUGAACCACAACAAAAGGUCGUGCCAAAGAUGGUUGGUAAUGAUGCUUCUUCCUCUGCUAAUGAGGUCCUUGGAACAUCAACAGAGAAGCUGAACCUGGUCAACACCCGGUCACUUCGGGUUCCAUUCACCAGAUCUAUUUCCGAGCCAGAACCCCGCUGCAGUAUCAGAUUUGGUAGACCGUGGCCGACUUCAGUGAGGUCAGAGGAGUCUGAGCAGCAGGGAUAUUUCAUCCGUGGCAUUUUUUCUACUCUUUCCAAUGGCUUCUCCAGGAUGCUGAGUUUAAGAGGAGAAUCAACCAAUGAGCCAGUAAGAGAAGAUGUGAAGGGGCCACCCACGCAUCGUCUGUCUUGCGGCCAGUCACCCUACACGGAAACGACAACGUGGGAGCGGAGGUACUGCAUCCUCACGGACAGCCAGCUGGUGCUGCUCAACAAGGAGAAGGAGAUACCUGUGGAGGGAGGACAGGAGCAGCAGACAGAUGCCACCAAAGGGCGAUGCCUGAGGAGAACCGUCAGUGUCCCUUCCGAGGGCCAGUUUCCUGAGUACCCACCAGAGGGCGCCACUAAACUGGAGGUGCCGGCAGAAAGGUCCCCCCGCAGACGGAGUAUCUCAGGGACCAGUACAUCAGAGAAACCCAACUCCAUGGACACUGUAAAUACCUCACCCUUCAAAGUACCAGGGUUCUUCAGCAAGCGCCUGAAAGGCUCCAUCAAGAGGACCAAAAGCCAAUCAAAGCUUGACAGAAACACGAGCUUUCGGCUUCCAUCCCUUCGUAACACAGAUGACAGGGCUCGUGGUCUGCCUAAACUAAAAGAGUCACGUUCCCAUGAGUCCUUGCUGAGCCCUUGCAGUGCAGUAGAGUGUCUGGAUCUUGGCAGAGGAGAGCCCGUGUCAGUGAAACCACUCCAUAGUAGCAUCCUUGGACAAGAUUUCUGCUUUGAGGUUACCUACUUAAGUGGAAGUAAAUGCUUCAGCUGUAACUCCGCUUCAGAGAGAGAUAAGUGGAUGGAAAACCUUCGUAGGACAGUUCAACCAAAUAAGGACAAUUGCAGACGAGCUGAAAAUGUUCUUCGUUUAUGGAUCAUUGAAGCCAAGGACCUUGCCCCUAAAAAGAAAUAUUUCUGUGAACUGUGCCUUGAUGAUACCCUCUUUGCUCGUACAACCAGCAAGACCAAAGCAGAUAAUAUUUUCUGGGGUGAACAUUUUGAAUUCUACAGCCUUCCACCUCUUCAUAGCAUCACAGUUCACAUUUAUAAAGAUGUGGAAAAAAAGAAAAAAAAAGACAAGAAUAAUUACGUCGGGCUAGUCAACAUUCCCACUGCCAGUGUGACUGGUCGCCAGUUUGUAGAAAAGUGGUACCCAGUGAGUACCCCUACGCCCAACAAAGGAAAGACAGGCGGACCUUCUAUUCGGAUUAAAUCGCGGUUCCAAACUAUCACCAUUCUGCCUAUGGAGCAAUACAAAGAAUUUGCAGAAUUUGUCACCAGCAACUACACCAUGCUGUGUUCUGUCCUUGAACCAGUAAUUAGUGUGAGAAAUAAAGAGGAGUUGGCUUGUGCCUUAGUGCACAUUCUUCAAAGUACCGGCAGAGCCAAGGAUUUCCUGACCGACUUGGUGAUGUCUGAGGUGGAUCGCUGUGGAGAGCAUGAUGUCUUGAUCUUCAGAGAGAACACCAUUGCCACCAAAUCCAUUGAGGAAUACCUCAAGUUGGUGGGACAACAGUAUCUUCAUGACGCAUUGGGGGAGUUCAUCAAAGCUCUGUACGAGUCAGAUGAGAACUGUGAGGUGGAGCCCAGCAGGUGUUCCUCUAGUGAACUGAUAGAGCAUCAGAGCAACCUGAAAAUGUGCUGUGAGCUGGCUUUCUGCAAGAUCAUCAACUCGUACUGUGUUUUCCCUCGUGAGUUGAAAGAAGUGUUUGCGUCAUGGAAGCAGCAGUGCCUGAACCGUGGCAAGCAGGACAUCAGCGAGCGGCUCAUCAGUGCCUCGUUAUUUCUGCGUUUUCUGUGCCCAGCCAUUAUGUCUCCCAGUCUUUUCAACCUGAUGCAGGAGUAUCCUGAUGACCGCACGUCUCGGACUCUGACUCUAAUUGCCAAGGUCAUUCAGAACCUGGCUAACUUUGCCAAAUUUGGUAACAAAGAAGAAUAUAUGGCAUUCAUGAAUGAUUUUUUAGAACAUGAAUGGGGUGGAAUGAAGCGCUUUCUUUUGGAGAUCUCUAAUCCGGACACCAUCUCGAACACGCCAGGCUUUGAUGGUUACAUUGAUCUGGGCCGAGAGCUUUCAGUUUUGCAUUCCUUACUGUGGGAAGUAGUUUCCCAACUUGAUAAGGGUGAAAAUUCCUUCCUACAGGCGACCGUGGCAAAAUUGGGACCUCUCCCUCGAGUUCUUGCUGAUAUUACCAAGUCUCUGACUAAUCCUACACCAAUACAACAGCAACUAAGACGCUUCACUGAGCAUAACUCCAGUCCAAAUGUCAGUGGAAGCCUCUCCUCUGGGCUGCAGAAAAUAUUCGAAGACCCCACUGACAGUGAUUUGCAUAAACUAAAAUCUCCAAGCCAGGACAACACUGAUAGCUACUUCAGAGGGAAAACAUUACUGCUGGUGCAGCAAGCGUCCUCCCAGAGCAUGACUUACUCUGAAAAGGAUGAGAAGGAAAGUAGCCUUCCUAACGGUCGGAGCAUCUCCCUCAUGGACCUUCAGGACACUCACGCUGCUCAAGUGGAGCAUGCACCUGUCAUGCUCGAUGUGCCUAUGCGCUUAACUGGAAGCCAGCUUUCCAUAACCCAGGUGGCCAGCAUCAAACAACUGCGGGAAACCCAGAGCACUCCCCAGAGCGCACCCCAAGUGCGAAGGCCCCUGCACCCGGCCUUGAACCAGCCAGGCAGCCUCCAGCCCUUGUCAUUCCAGAACCCUGUCUAUCACCUCAAUAACCCAAUUCCGGCAAUGCCAAAGGCCUCUGUGGAUUCCAGUUUGGAGAACCUAAGCACUGCCAGUUCCAGAAGCCAAAGUAACAGUGAGGAUUUCAAACUCAGCGGGCCCAGCAAUAGCAGCAUGGAAGAUUUCACCAAACGCAGCACCCAGAGCGAGGAUUUCUCCAGGCGGCAUACUGUGCCAGACAGACACAUACCUCUUGCUCUGCCACGGCAGAAUAGUACCGGGCAGGCCCAGAUCCGGAAAAUGGACCAGGCUGGGUUAGGUGCCCGAGCCAAAGCCCCGCCAUCCCUGCCACAUAGUGCUUCCUUACGUAGCACGGGGAGCAUGUCGGUGGCCUCUGCAGCCCUCAUGGCCGAACCUGUGCAGAAUGGGAGCCGGUCCCGGCAGCAGUCUUCCUCCUCCAGAGAGAGCCCUGUUCCCAAAGUGAGAGCGAUCCAGAGACAACAAACACAGCAGGUUCAGUCACCUGUGGACUCCGCCACAAUGUCCCCAGUAGAGAGGACAGCAGCCUGGGUUCUGAACAAUGGACAGUAUGAAGAGGAUGUGGAAGAAACUGAGCAAAAUCAAGAUGAAUCCAAGCAUGCUGAGAAGUACGAGCAGGAAAUCACGAAGCUGAAGGAGCGCCUGCGAGUGUCCAGCCGGCGGCUGGAGGAGUAUGAGCGCCGCUUGCUGGUGCAGGAGCAGCAGAUGCAGAAGCUGCUGCUGGAGUACAAGGCGCGGUUGGAGGACAGCGAGGAGCGCCUGCGCAGGCAGCAGGAGGAGAAGGACAGCCAGAUGAAAAGCAUCAUCAGCAGGCUCAUGGCUGUGGAAGAGGAACUGAAGAAGGACCACGCUGAGAUGCAAGCCGUUAUUGAUGCAAAGCAAAAAAUAAUUGAUGCACAGGAAAAACGGAUCGUGUCCCUGGAUUCGGCCAACACCCGACUGAUGAGCGCACUGACCCAAGUGAAGGAGCGAUACAGUGUGCAGAGUUUACAGAACUAUAAAUAUUCGUGUCUCUGCAUCCCGUCUCCAUCUGCACCACCCACUGCCCUCUCCUCCCCGUGGUGGGAGCAGUCAUCACAACAGGGUUUACUCUCCCCGGAGAGGUUGUCCCAAUAUGCUGUGUCCAUAAGCCAUCCAAAAGAAACACCCUUUCUUCCACACAGAAAAGGGCUAAUCAUACCAUAGCAGGAAUCUCUGACUAUUUCCUAUUAAAAAACAAAAACGAAAAAACAGCUUUUCUAUUUGUAACUUCAUUUUUGUUCGGGAUGAAGAUUUUAUCCAUUGUACUAGCAAAUCUCUGGGCAGGGUAAUUUUAUCUCAGUCGUUAGCUCUUAAAUGGCUUCUUCUAAUUCCCUCACUGAAAUUUGGAAAGGAAAUCCAGACCCAAAGCAUCGCCCUCUCACACAAGUCAGGAUAACUCCUAUACAAUAAGAAAACGAGAAACGCAAGGACCGCGCGCUCCAGCUGUUCUCCCGUCUUCUUCGUAGAUGUGGCAAUAAUGACUCUGUUGUACCGAUUUGUCAUCCUUGGCUUCACUGUGGGACAGAAACCGUCGUGGAAGCUCAUUUACUUCCCUUUUUUCCCGAGGUGUGAAAUGUCAUCUUGAAUGCAAACCUGAUUAUCAGAAGUAUGGAAUGUGACGUCUUAAAACGGACAUUAUGUAUACAAAUAUAUAUACAUAUAUACUCACACAUAUGUACAUAUAACUGCACAAAUAGGAAAGUUCAUGCCUUCUCCGCUGUCAGAUAUAAUGUAAAAGGGUUUUUGAAUCUCUUUAAGCAAGAUCUAAGCAGUUCUUUAUACUGAGAAAGCAACAUUUCCCAAAUAAGUUAAUGAUGUUUGUUUCAAAUUAUGAACUAUAAGGAAAUUUUUAAAAAGGAAAAAAGGAGAGGAAGAUUAAAAAAACAAAAGACGUGAGGGAGCCAUAUGCAUGGAGUGAGUCUUUCUACAUAACAGAAUAUCAUAAGGAAACAAGAGAACGUGUAUCGUGUCCUCUCUUGGGUGAAGCCCAGACUCCACGUCUGUGAAUAGCCUCCCUUUCACGGUGCCCCAAGGCUCGCAUCCCGACCUCUUGAGCACGGCCCCCGGGGCCCAGGCGGAUCUCUGUGCUGGAGCUUGCGUCUCAGCAGCCUCCCCACGCAACCCCCCUCCCCCCUCCCGCCCCCAACCCACAGCCUUCUAAAACACUUCUAAAACACUUCCCUUCACAAUCGUCCCGUUUCUGCUGGUCAGAGAUGGAAGGCAGGCUGCUCAUGCGCUUAUCUGAUCUGCGGUUUUCAUGUCCCCACACUUUGGCACCUGGUUAUCUUCUCGACCCCUGAUAGUUAUUUUAUAUAGUCUCACCUCCUCCCUCUAAGCCUAGGGCAGGCACACUGUGGUCAAAAUCACUUAUUUUCAUAGGAAAAAAAAAAAAUCUCACUAACUCUGAAGACGUACCCUUUGUUGGCAGGAGGGAUGUAAACGUAGGUGGCCUUGUUCAUGGCUAUUCUCAGCUCUAGCCGUGUUUCAUCCUUUCUUUAUAAAAGCCUUCGACUGUGCUGCAGAAAGCCUGGUAAAAGAAUUGUCAGUUUCAGUGGCCUUAAGUAUGUAACUUGGGUGAUGUCUUGCAUUGAGGUGUGGAAGCUCUGAAGUGUUGGUUAAGGCUUACGGAGGGCGGAUAAGCUUACCUGUACUGGAGGGCUGGGGGCGACACAGAAAACUCAGAUGUGGUUUUGAUGGUGCAUAUUUCUUGUUGGCAUUGUGGGAGCUCCUUAGAGGGCUGCCUGCUUGGGAAGAUUAAAUGCCCAAAGCGUUUGGAAAAAUUAUGCAGCCCCCUAUUGCCAGGUUAUCUUGAAUGAAGAGAAAAAGAGUAAGAAACAAAAGUUGGAAGUCAGCUAGAAGUUCAGAUUUAUUACCAGAUGUGAAGUUUCAGAUUAUCCUUUGAGCCUAUUCCUAUCCAAAUAUUUUUCUGAGUAUUUCUUCUGAGAAGCUGCAAUCUGUGGAACUUAUUCUGAAAGAAAGAGCUUCUACGUAGGUAUGGAUGACGGCAGCAAAUAGCAGAUCAUUUUUACGGAGGUAUUGCUUCAUCGGCUUUGCUUCGGCCCGAAUAACUACAUACCUCUGCUCUACUGGGAGGAGGGCGUGGGUGGAGUGAGAUAGCAGUGUCUUCCACUCUGCCUUCCACCCCCACGUCACCACAUUGCAGGGUGCGGCGUGGACCAUGGCUGAAUGGAAUUUGGAGUUCAGGUGACGUGCUUGCCAAGUGCUUGUCUAGCUGACAGCCGGACUUGGCUAUUAACAAGGACAGUGUGGGUUUAGGAAUUAAGGAAAGAGCUUUCACACUCCCUUUUUACGUCCCUGGAGCAACAGGCUCCCUGGGCCGAAGCAGCAGAGUUACAUUCCCAUCAAGUCACCGUAUACCCCACGUCUCCACAUGCCCCACGUCUCCGCAAUGUACCCCACGGCCCCAGGAGAUGACACCUAGGUAACUACAACAAACACUUGAGCACUCACUGUGGUCCAGGCACUCUCACCAAGGUACCGUUGGAGCCUGGGGCAGCCUGUUGGUAAGGAAAAUGUGGAAAAAUGAGCUAAUCAGGCUGCUCUAGGCUUUUGUUGUUUUCACUCAGUAUUGAGUUGGUCCUGAGUAGCUUUCUCUGGAUGGCUUCCACCUUUCCCCGUGAUGGUGUUGGACAGGGAAAGAAAAAGCAGGAGUCUCUGACUGGUGUACGACCUUGAGAAUUAGCUGGACUUUAGAAGUAAAGCUUUCCAGAUCUUAGUCGGCCUCAGCCUUUGUUUACGGAUCUGUGGUUCUUUCGGCCCCUGGCUCUCACUGUGGCCUCAGAGGUACCCCAGGUUGGGAGCAGUUCUUCUUUGGAAGUCCCAGAGAAAGACAGUGGCCAUCAAAUGAGUUUGCGUUAGUAUUUGCUUUGCUUUCCAUCUAGGUUAAGUUCUAGUCAUGUUCAGUUUGGAGUUCCUGAGAAAGCUGGUCGUGGGACUGAACUUGGGGAAGGAACCCUCUUUAGGAUUGCCCAAGUCCCAUGUGACCUUGAGCCCAGACUAGACUUGUCACUGGGCCUGGCCCAGCGGUUCCCGAGCCCGUGCCACAGCUUCAGUGCGUCGUCAGAUACGCCCAUGGGGGCCACCUCCUCCUACGGAGGGUGGAAACCAAAGGGACUUACUUCUCCAUUCCCCUUCCCCUUCUCAAGUCCGGUGUGAGAUCUCCUGCUUGCCCCAGCGGUAAAGAGCUGCCUUCCCACCCCCUACCCAAGGGCCAAGAAUUUGGGAUACUUUGUUUUCAUCAAUGUGUCAGUUGAAAGAACCUAUUUUACUAGUCUUUUAAAAGCAAGAUAAGUUGGGUGCUGAAUUUUUAAGUAGAAUCUCUUUCCGUGUCUGAGUGAGUGUUAUUAGUUUUAGAAGCAUCCUCUUGUCGUGACCCAAUUAUGAAUGCUCUUGAGUUUAGCAAGGACAAAAGCGAUGAAAUUUGCAUGAGAUAGAAUAAAUAUCUUAUGAAGAGUGAAAGAGCGUGAGGAACACACAUGAUGCAGAAGGGGACUCGUGUAUAGCAGCCUUUCGGUAGCCCAAAGGUUCAAGGGAACAGAACUGAUAUCCUUUGCCUGAUCUUAAAAUACACGGAUAAGAAAGGCAAUCUCUGUAGACAACACACACACCCCCAACCCAAAACACACAAUUCCUAGGGCUUCCAUUUUCUGAAUGUUAAUCACUUACGGAGCAGUGAUUCUCAGAAUUUCUUGAGCUUUGUAGAUUUUCUGCUCUCAUUUGUUACACGUUAUAACCGUGGUUCGUUCCUCUUUAAAAUGUACGGUAUGUGUUAUGUGUGUACGUGAGUUCAACUGACUUGAAAUUGAUCUGGUUUGACGUAGAUAUCGUCAUUCAUACCACGGGGAGGGAUGGAAAGGAAGUUCAAUGUCACUGAUCGAUCUGAGAGUAGGAUCCAGAAAGAAGCAGCUUUGGUUCCUAAUCAGUUUAUCUUCAGGUAUUUGAGGAACCAACCCGGCAAGACUUGGCAAAUCUGGUGUCACCCCAGGAAAGCAAAGUGGUCAUUUGCCCCUAUCUCAGCAUGCAUCGUAAUUUCCUAUUCAUUUCCUAUUUUUCAUUCAGAUGCUCUCAUACUUCACUAGGAAAUGAUUUGGUUUGGGACCUAGAGCCAGAUUUAUCUGUUGUUGUAGAAAGAUUUCCACAGAAGCUGUGUUUUGGGGGCCUCCAUCGUCUGUGGGAGGGAGUACAAAGGUUUACGUCUAAAUAUUGUACUUAGGUCACUUCUAAACUCCCCAGGGAAAAUUCUAAAUUCCCAGUUCACCAAAAGGUUGAGUGCUAAUUGACUCAAUGACCACCAUCCUGCAGAAAAGUUUUCUGAGAUAAAUAUUAAAGGUUGAGUUUUGACUGGUGCUUAGAUAUUUCCUAGUUGCAUUAAAACUAACUCGAGCAGACGGCACAGCACACUGACCUGAAUCACACCUGUGAGUUUUACCUUCUAAAUCUGAUUUUGUUCUUCAUCUCCAGGGCCUUAAUAAGAAUGUGUUAAUGCACAUGACUAUUUUACAAUGAUAGCUCUAAAUAAUUUAUUUUUUAUUUCAAGAAAGAGAAAUACACCUUAGAAAAACAAAACCCAAGAUUUUAUUUUACUUUUAAAGCCAUAUUUUUGUGCCGGUAGCACUUAGAUUAUUCCAUACGUGAGAUCCAUAUCUGCAUUUCAUUACCUGGGUUUGUUCUAAAGAAGAUUUAUUUUUGUUCUGUGAAUACUUUUUGAUGGUUCUUGUACAUGUACAGAUAUAGAUACGUUUGAGGUCUUUUAUUGCUAUUCCUACAAAGAAUACAAAUAAACUUUAACUUUAAACA